AUGAGGUUUGCUUUUUCAGGUAAGGAAUGUCUUCUGUACGGUACACCACCGUCAAGUAGCGGGGUAUUCCAAACGGCAAUCACAUCAGUGUUCAAGAUCACCGACGAAUACAGAGUCAGUAAGCCUGACACUCGAUAUCAAAUCCGUAUGUCCGCCAUCCAGUAUUCUCAACGCGAAAAUCACCUCACAGAUCUUCUGUCGCCGUUCAGUAGCGAUCCACGUCGUCGAACGGUUCGGGUGGUGGAUGAUCCGCGAGCCGGUGCGCUACUCGAAAACGAAUCCGAAAUACGGGUAGAUUCGCCCGAUUUAGCCCUAUUCUAUUUGAAUACUGUAGCUGAUCACAGGAUUGUUGAAGACGAGGAAACAUACCGUACCAGCCAUGUUUUCGUGUUUCUAUCCGUGCGGUCGCGCCGACGAUUGGCGAUUGUCGAUUUGGGUCUCGGCGAACGAAAUUCUCAUCGAGGCGAGCUGACUAUGCCGGCCAUAGGAAGUAUUCUGUUGGCUCUGGUCCAAGGUCAAAAACAUCUGCCGGCCAGGUAA